CGCAUUUUCAGUAAUUUCGAAAAAAAAAUUUUGUAUAUUUGAUGGCGACUCAGAAGAAACUCGCGCGUUUGUCGAAAAAUCGUAGCGCGUACGUAUAUAUCGGUGUGUAGAAAUUACUAAAAAUUGUGGUAAAAAAUGGCAAAAAUUAUAUAAAUUUGUGUUCGAAGUGGAGUGCUAAUUGCGGGGAAUCCGAUGCGAAUGGAAAAAUGUUGAAAUUUAUAAGAUUUUAGCGCCAAAAAACGCAUUUGAAAAAUGUGAGACUUCAAUGGACAUGACGAUUUUUUUUUUCAUUUUUUUCGGUGGUGGAACAAAAGCGAACGAAAGAGGAGGAAGAAGCAGAAACGUUCGUCAGUGUGUGUGCGUGUGUGUGUCGAGUGAGGGGGCAUGAGCAUGAACUUGCAACUUUUUAACAAUCGUGUACAAUCUGUAUGUUGUAUAUGUUCAAUUUAAAUUCAACAACAAAAGCAACAACGCAAUUCAACAAUUCAGCAACAACACAAGCAAAACCGACGAGCUAAACUCGGCUAACACAACAUCAACAUCCAGCGGCAGCGCGGCCAUAAACAAAGCCAAAAUCAAAAGUCAUUCGGAUAUAUAUAUAUUUGCACAUAAAAGCGAAUAAACAGUAACAGAACGAGUGGAUUUAACCCAACAACAAAUAGAAAAGAAGAACGAGAAAAUCCAAAGGAAAAAUUUAUAGCCGUCUGUGCUGUACUAGGAUUUUUGUCAAUAAUAAGAAAGGAUACAAAGUCACAAUGACUCCAGUAUCAGUUGUACUUGUCAAGUCCUUGGCCCUCGAAUCAGGUGAAGCGAGCCGAUUCCAAUGAGAGGAGCCUGGGCCCUGAGAAUCUGGAGCAGGCGAGUGCACAGACAUUGCUGAGCAUGAAGCAAUCACUACGGACCACUACACAAUUUUAUCCCUUGAACAAGAAGAGAUUCUUAUCAAAAACCAGAACAGAAGCACCAGGAUCAGGAGUUGAAAAAACGAUAGGCGGCGGAGGAUUACCAGGAGUAGGAGUCGCAGGAACAGCAGGAGAAGGCGUAGUCAGUCGCAGGAGGAGGAGGUGGUCACCGGCCACAUAAGACCAGUUCCCCCCCUAAACCCACUUCACCCCCCCAACAUACCCUCAAACGAAGGAAUCGCAAGGAGGAUCAAAUCAGAGGACAGGGAGGAGAGACGGAGGCGGCCCGUGUGUGUGUGUGUGUGUGUAGGUGGAGUGUGUGUGUUGGCCGUCUCAGUCGGAUAACCAUCAACCCGGAUCCUUAAUCCCAAGACACAAAUCUCAAACUGAAGCACCAGAUCCACCACAAGAACCACCACCACCAUGUCGUCCAGUGAGCCACCGCCUCGUUACGAGCCACCCGUGGAGCCAGUCAAUGGCAUUGUACAGCCACCGGUGAUUCCACCAGCGGAGCGGCCCGGCCGCAAUACGAACCAAUUGCAAUAUCUGAUCAAGACGGUGAUGAAGGUGAUAUGGAAGCACCACUUCUCGUGGCCCUUCCAACAGCCCGUCGAUGCCAAGAAGCUCAACCUGCCCGACUACCACAAGAUCAUCAAACAGCCCAUGGACAUGGGUACGAUCAAGAAGCGGCUGGAGAACAACUACUAUUGGUCCGCCAAGGAGACCAUACAGGACUUCAAUACGAUGUUCAACAAUUGCUAUGUCUACAACAAGCCCGGCGAGGAUGUAGUUGUUAUGGCCCAGACGCUCGAGAAGGUCUUCCUGCAGAAGAUUGAAUCGAUGCCUAAGGAGGAGCUCGAACUGGAGCCGGUUACGGCCAAGGGUGGCAAAAAGAAGCAACGGGUGCCGGCUACGCCCAAGUCAUCGUCGAGUGGCGCUGGAGCAUCCGCCGGUUCUGGUACAUCCUCGGCAGCAGUUACCAGCGGACCAGGUAGUGGCUCCACGAAAGUGUCAGUCGCUGCCUCAUCCGCACAACAGUCCGGCCUGCAAGGAGCGACGGGAGCAGGCGGUGGAUCUUCAAGCGCACCGGGAACUCAGCCGGGUUCCGGUGCGGGAGGAGCGAUCGCCGCCCGACCCGUAUCCGCCAUGGGCGGCACGGUUUCAUCGACGGCCGGAGGUGCACCGUCCAUACCACCGAUUAGCACAAUGCCACCGCACACGGUACCAGGCAGCACCAAUACGACGACGACAGCGAUGGCUGGCGGCGUUGGUGGGCCAGGUGCAGCUGGAGCCAAUCCCAAUGCUGCCGCCCUGAUGGCUAGUCUUCUGAAUGCGGGCCAAACGGGCGGCUAUCCCGGUGCGCCCGGCCAGACGGCGGUCAAUAGCUCCUCGCUUCUAGAUGGCAGUACAGCCGCAGUAGCGGCGGCAGCAGCAGCGGCUGCGGCGGCGGCGGCGGCGGGAGGUGCAGUGGGAGCCGCUGGAGGAGCAGGGACAAUACCAGCAGUUGCCGUCAAUGCCGCCAACGCCGUUCAGGCCUAUGUGAAUGCGGGCGUGAGCGUCGGAGUCGACGCCGUGAUACCGCCUCAGCAGCCCGCCAAAAUAAAGAAGGGCGUCAAACGGAAGGCGGACACAACAACGCCGACGGCCAAUGCCUUUGAAUCCCCGUACACGCAAAUGGACUCCAAAUCGGCCAAGAUUGCGACGCGGCGGGAGUCGAAUCGUCAGGAUCUUACAUUCCAGGGCUCGGGAUACAAUAUGUCGCCGCUAGGCGUCUCCGGAGUGCCCGGACUUGGCGGUCUAGUUGCAGGCGGCGUGGCUGGUGUUGCGGUGGCCAAGAACAAGGAGAAGCUGUCGGAUGCGCUCAAGUCGUGCAACGAAAUCCUCAAGGAGCUCUUCUCGAAGAAGCACUCGGGCUAUGCUUGGCCGUUCUACAAGCCAGUGGACGCGGAAAUGCUUGGCCUGCAUGACUACCACGACAUCAUCAAGAAACCAAUGGAUCUGGGCACAGUCAAGCGGAAAAUGGACAAUCGCGAGUACAAGAGCGCGCCGGAAUUUGCCGCCGACGUGCGAUUAAUAUUCACCAACUGCUACAAGUACAAUCCGCCAGAUCACGAUGUUGUCGCUAUGGGUCGCAAGCUGCAAGACGUAUUUGAGAUGCGCUAUGCCAACAUCCCCGAUGAGCCGGUAGCCAAUGCAGCCCACCAUCACGGACAUGGCCACGGGCAUGGUCAUGGCCAUGGCCACGGUCACGGGCAUGGUCACGGACAUGGUCAUGGUCACGGAUACGGCGGCUCCUCCUCACUCAAGCACGAUGCCAGCGAUUCGUCCAGCGAGGACUCCAGCGACACCGAGAAUGAAUCCAACUCGGAUGAGGAGCGCAGCGCUAAGCUGAAGAUGCUCGAGUCCAAACUGCUCGGUCUGCAGGAGGAGAUCCGCAAGCUGUCAGAGGAGGCCUCCGCUAAAAAGAAGGCGAAGAAAAAACUCAAGGAAAAGAAGAAGUCAAUAGGCGGCGGAUCAGGCUCUGGUUCGGCCUCGCACCAUUGUCACGCCACGGGCGGCGGUGCAAAUGCUGGCGGAGCAGGCGGUCCCGGAUCAGGCGGCCAUGGGAGCGUAUCCGUGCCAGGCGGUGUCGGGUCCUUGGGUCCUGGUGGAGCGGGCGGCGCUAAUCUCAACGCGCUGCUCGGUGGCUCAUUGGUUGGCCAUGGCGGAGCGGCCGUCGCAGGAGGCGUUCCCAAUGUGGGUGCGUUGCACAGCCAGGUUCACGACGUGGCCAUGGCCUUUAGCCAGCUGGCGGGCGGCGGUGCCGCGGCCGGUGCUGGCUUUGGUGCCGGUGUGACAGCAGCUGGAGCAUCGUCGGGCGGCAAGGCGGGCACACUGGCCGGCGCUCUGGCAGCGGGCGCAGCGGCAGGUGCCGGCGGUACGACGGCUGGCAGCGGUAGCAGUAAAGGUGCUAAGAGCAAGGGCGGACGUGGCGCAAAGGGCAGCGGAGCCGGCGGCGUUGGAGCCAGCAAUAAUGCCGCUGCGGGCAAUGCGGGUGGUGGCGCAGCGGGAGCUGCAGCGGGCGCUGGAUCUGUGGGAGGUGUUGGCGGUGCAGGAGCAGCGGGCGGCAAUGCCUCCAAGCGGGCCAAGGGCAGCAGUUCGGCGGGCGCUGGCGGUGGUGUUGGUGGCGCGAAUGCCAGCGCCGGUGGUGCCGGGGCACGCGGUAGCAGCAAGAAGAAGCCUAGCCAGGUGAUGAACUUUGACUCCGAGGAGGAGGACACGGCCAAGCCAAUGUCGUACGAUGAGAAGCGCCAGUUGUCGCUCGACAUCAACAAGUUGCCAGGGGACAAGCUGGGCCGUGUGGUUCACAUUAUCCAGAAUCGGGAGCCAUCGCUGCGUGACUCCAAUCCCGAUGAAAUAGAGAUCGACUUCGAGACGCUGAAGCCGUCGACGCUGCGCGAGCUAGAAAGCUAUGUGGCGUCGUGUUUGCGCAAAAAAACACGUAAGCCAUAUUAUAAAAAGCCUUCUGGCAAGUCGAAGGACGAGCAGAUGGCCGAGAAAAAGCAGGAGCUGGAGAAGCGCCUGCAGGAUGUCACCGGCCAACUGGGGGCAAGCAAGAAAACCGCCAAGAAAGAUGAGUCCGCUUCGAGCAAGGUCGAGGCAGUGCAGCCGGCGAAUCCCGUGUCGUCGAGUUCCAGUUCCAGCGAUUCAUCGUCGUCGAGUUCGAGUGAUAGCAGUUCGAGUGACUCGAGCGACAGUGAAGCAGGUGAUGGCGAUGAGCGACCGCCGCGCAAGAAAAAAUCCCGAGACUCGAAUGGAAGCAAUGUAAAUAAUCCAAGUAUAAAUGUGGUAAUGGGCGGCAACCUGCCGAGUGGCGCCCUCUCGCCCAUGCUGAUGGGUCUGGACCAUGUGGUGAACUCCAACACGCCCACAUCACAAAUGUCCAAUAUGCUGGGCAAUGCCAAUCCGCUGACGGCAGCUGCCAUGCUAAAUAACAACAACAAGACAUCGCUGCCGGGUAGCAACUUUGGUGGCGGUGCGCCCGCUCCCGGGAACAUGAUGCAUGCCGGCGCCGGCGUUCCAGUGGCCGGUGCUGCCGUUUCGGCGGCGACGGGGCAGCAGCACAACAAGAAUGGACCAAAUGAUCUGAGCAAAGUGCAGCCGGGUGGUCCCAUCAACGCCGCCCUGCCGCCGCACAGUUUCGCCGGAGGGACAGCAACGGUGGCCACCAGUCAGUCGAGCGGCGGCAUCCGCAUAGCCAGCAAUCUGCACAAGCCGUCCGGUCUGGGUGGCGGUGAUCUAGGCGAGCAUCAUGCGGCACUUGCUGCUGCCCUGACGUCCGGCAUAAACAGCACCGGCACUGCUGGCGGCGGCAUUAACAAUAACGGUGGCAGCAACAACAACGCUAAUCCACUGGGCGGAUCGCAUGGGGAUGCGAUGGUCAAUGCCUCGCUGGCCUCGGGCCUCAAACAGAUACCACAAUUUGAUGAUCCCGUAGAGCAGUCGCUGGCCUCACUGGAGUUCAGCGCCGGUUCUACGGGCAAAUCUGGGCUAACGGACAACUUCUUAAUGCAGCAACACCUGAUGCAGCCCGCCGGACCCCAGCAGCAGCAGCAGCAACCAUUUGGCCAUCAACAACAACAACAACAGCAGCAGCAGCAGCAACAACAACAGCAGCAGCAGCAACAACAUAUGGACUAUGUUACUGAGCUGCUAAGCAAAGGAGCGGAGAAUGUGGGCGGCAUGAAUGGCAAUCAUCUGCUGAACUUCAACCUGGACAUGGCGGCGGCCUACCAGCAGAAGCAUCCACAGCAGCAACAGCAGCAGGCGCACAACAAUGGCUUCAAUGUGGCCGAUUUCGGCAUGGCCGGAUUCGAUGGUUUAAAUAUGACAGCAGCCUCAUUCCUCGAUCUGGAGCACUCGCUUCAGCAGCAGCAGAUGCAGCAGAUGCAAUUGCAGCAGCAACACCAUCAGCAGCAGCAGCAGACGCACCAGCAACAGCAGCAACACCAGCAGCAACACCACCAACAGCAGCAGCAGCAACUAACCCAGCAGCAGCUGCAGCAGCAGCAACAACAGCAGCAGCAACAACAUCUCCAACAGCAGCAACACCAACAGCAGCACCAUCAGGCGGCUAACAAGUUGCUGAUCAUACCGAAGCCCAUCGAAUCGAUGAUGCCCAGUCCGCCGGACAAGCAGCAAUUGCAGCAGCACCAGAAGGUGUUGCCGCCGCAGCAGUCACCCUCGGACAUGAAGCUUCAUCCGAACGCGGCGGCGGCGGCUGCUGCUGCAUCAGCGCAGGGCAAACUGGCGCAGACAUUCAAGGCCAACGAACAGAACCUGAAGAAUGCCAGCUCCUGGUCCUCCCUAGCAUCGGCGAACUCACCCCAGUCGCACACGUCGAGCAGCUCGAGCAGCAGCAAGGCAAAACCGGCCAUGGACUCGUUCCAGCAGUUCCGCAACAAAGCCAAAGAACGCGACCGUCUCAAGCUGCUGGAGGCGGCAGAGAAGGAGAAGAAGAACCAAAAGGAGGCUGCUGAGAAGGAGCAGCAGCGAAAGCACCACAAGUCGUCUUCAUCCUCGUUGACAUCGGCCGCUGUGGCCCAGGCAGCAGCCAUUGCAGCAGCAACAGCAGCGGCGGCAGUGACACUAGGUGCUGCUGCAGCAGCGGCGUUGGCCUCCAGUGCCUCGAAUCCUUCUGGCGGCGGCAGUAGUGGCGGUGCCGGUUCGACCAGCCAACAGGCAAUCACUGGCGAUCGCGACCGCGACAGGGAUCGCGAGCGGGAACGUGAGCGAUCCGGCAGCGGUGGCGGUCAGUCCGGCAAUGGGAACAACAGCAGCAAUUCGGCCAACAGCAAUGGGCCAGGCAGCGCGGGCAGCGGUGGCAGUGGAGGCGGCGGAGGCAGCGGACCAACCAGCGCCGGUGGACCAAACAGUGGCGGGGGUGGCACCGCCAACAGCAACAGUGGCGGCGGCGGACCAGCGCUGCUUAAUGCUGGCAGCAAUAGCAAUAGUGGUGUUGGCAGCGGCGGCGCCGCCAGCAGCAACAGCAACAGCAGCGUCGGCGGCAUUGUUGGCAGCGGCGGACCCGGCUCCAAUAGUCAGGGCAGCAGCGGAGGCGGCGGCGGAGGGCCAGCCAGUGGUGGCAUGGGCAGCGGCGCCCUCGACUACGGUCAACAGGUGGCGGUGCUAACACAGGUGGCGGCCAACGCCCAGGCUCAGCAUGUGGCGGCCGCUGUGGCCGCUCAGGCCAUUCUGGCCGCCUCGCCAUUGGGCGCCAUGGAGAGCGGAAGGAAAAGCGUGCACGAUGCCCAGCCGCAAAUUUCGCGCGUGGAAGACAUCAAGGCGUCGCCGGGCGGCCAGGGUCAGAGUUCGCCGGCACAACAAUCGCCGCAGGAUCGGGCAGCCGCCAAGCGAGCCGAGCAGCGGCGGGCCGAACAGGAGCGGCGCAGGCGCGAAGCGUUGGCUGGCCAAAUCGAUAUGAACAUGCAGAGCGAUCUCAUGGCUGCCUUUGAGGAGACGCUGUAGGCCAAGGCCCGGAGAAAGUCGACCAACCGGGGCAUUAGCGUCAACGGCAUCACCACUACAACCACUACAACCACCACCUCAUCCACCAUCACCUCCGGCGGCCAAUCGAAGCGGCGGACAAGGCGUCAGUACCACCGCACCACGUUGGACAACGGCUUGCAAGAGCAAAAGCAACACGGCUAGGACAGUAACAACGACGACGGUUCGGCACAGAACUGUCAGAGCAAACAAAUAACCAACCAACAAACAAAACAUAGAAAACAUGCAAACCAACCAACAAACCAACCAACCAACAAAUUAAGGAAGCAAACAGCUAAGGUUAAAACCAAGAAAGCAAAGUUCUAAGGCGUAAAUAACAUACGUACAUUUAGUGAGUAUAUUUAUAAUGCAUAUACGGAUGGAGCGAGCUAAGGGAAUAUGUUGUGAAAACCGUCAGCGAAACCCAUCACCCAUCCGCAGCAGUCCAGCAGCAGUAACAAUAAAAAAUAUAAAAAAAAUGGCAAAUUUCCUUCGGUUAGCAAAUGAUUCUUCGCAAUUUUUUAAAAAUCACUUACCAUCUCGCUUAUUAUUUUGUAUUAAAAUUACGAUUAUGAUGAUGAUGGAUCGUGGCGACAAAGAUGUCCGCACAUGUUUCCAAAGCUUAUUAUUUUUAAUAUUAUUGAUUGCAUAGGCAAGUUUAGUUCGUAGGUAUACACUUAAUUGAUAAUACUUAUUUUUUUUUCAUAUUUGUAUACACACACACACACACACACCUAUGCUUAGAGUUGUUAACUAAUUUAAAAACAAAAACGCGAAAACCACAACAAAAAAAGAACAAACUAAAGAAAAUCGAAACAAAAUCAAUUCAAGUAAUCCAACCGCAAGGGAACGGUUCAGUCCAAGUUGUCGGUACACGAAUUCUUAUUUUAUUUUAUUAACCAAAAGAAAAUGUUAUUAAAAAUGUAGUCCGCUCCCCAUUCCCAAAUCAUCCUACGGACCGCUAUGAGCAAAUUCAAUGAAAUCUUAUUGUUUUUCGAUUUUAAUUCGGCACAUCACCCAUGCACCUGUAAUUUAUACACACGCAAAAGGAACACACACCACACACACACAACUACACACAACCACCCACACCCACCCACACAUUAACACACCGGCAGACACUGGAAAGAAAUACAGCACGAUCCGCAGAAUCAGAACCACAAACCAAUAAUAUGGAUACAAACUUAGUUAAUAAGUCAAAACAGCCACGACAUUUUUGUAUAUGCCGAUGACGCGCCCAAACAAAAAUUUGAAACAAAAAAAAAAAACAAAAAAAAAAAGAAUGGAAAGUAAUCCUAAAUUGUUUUCUAAUGACCAGAAGCCUUCGCAAGUAGGUGCCAGGAUGCUAUCCCCCAAAUUGCAGUGACAAUUCAGUAAAUUAAUGAUACACGUUUGGAGUCUCUGCCGUCUUCCACCAUGUGUAUUCUUCGUCUACAUCUUCACCCCAUCAUCUGCAUGCACCCGAUCCUCCUCGUCAAUGUGUCCUUGUAUAUAGAUCCAUGGGUCCUUCCAGAUCAUCUUUCCAUCGGGGACUCUGAUCCUGAAAUAGCAGUAGGAUUUAUGAUAGCAACUAUCUGUGUCGAACCUAACCAAAUUGUAACUGUAUCAUGCACCAUUUUUUUUUUUUUUAUAUAUAUAUUUGACAUACGUUUGGGGUUCUGAUUUCUUUCUAUUUACUCUGUGCGUGAGCCUGUGUGUGCCCUGCAGUUCCAUUCACCGAUCCAUUAUCAUCGGUGAAUCACCGCUCAAUUUGUGUCCAAAGAGCGAUGAGUUGUGAGACUGCAGGGUGUGGUUGAGAUUAGGGAUGCGUGCUUGUCUUUGUAUAUAGAGGCGGUCAAUAGGUUCGUGUCUUUCCCCGGCUUACACUCGCAGCAAAUUUCGUUUUGUUUGUGUAAAAAUUAGUUUUUUUUUCGAAAGCGAGUAAAGAACAGAAAAAUGAUCACAAAACAACCCUUAUUCUAUAAAAAAAAAAAACAUAUAUAUAUAUACAUUUAUAUAUAUAUAUAUUUAAAUACGAAAAAUGUUGUAUCUAGUAAUACAUAUGCAAAAUGAGAAACAUUUUUUUUCUAUACUUAAUUUUAGCAUUUAAUUGAGAAUAAUUCGCACGAGGAGAAAAGCGUGAAAUGUAUGAAAAUAAAAAUUGGGAAAAUCCAAACGAUUCAAACAAAAGAAGUUUUUAAUUCAGUCAAUAUACACAUAUACAUAAAUACAUAUAUAUAUAAACAGGAAUAUAUAUAUAUUGACAUCCCUGAUAAGAACAGCAUAUUUGCAUAUAUGAAUAUAACACCAAUAUAUAUAUAUAUUUUAACAUCACCCGACGGUGGAACAAAACGCAUUUGAUUUUGUUCAAUCUGAUCGAGUCGCCCAAGUUCUAGCAGAUGCAUUUGGCAUACUAGCAUGUAAUUGUUGAUCUUUUGUUGUUACCUAACGAGGGCAUUAACUAGAAGACGAUGAUGAUGAUGAUAAGGAAUAGGAUAGCCAGAUAGCAAGAUAGCAUGAUACCCUGAUACCCUGAAAGCGGGAUGGCUGGAUAGGGUGGGUCGAGUCGAGUCGAGUCGAGGAGUAUGUACCAUAUAGCGAAAAACUCACUAAAGAAUCACUUUUCUGAAACGUAAAAGCAAACGAUCUUAGCCUUAAGCGCCUACCGCUAAACAGAAUAACUUUAAAGCAACGUUACGUGUGGCACGUAAUGCAGGAACUAAUAACACUAUUAUUAAUAAUAAUAAUAACUAUUACGACUAU